AUGUUGGCAUUGCUAAUUCUGCUACCUAUUAUUUCGGCGGAAUCAUUCUGGAUGACAGCCGAUCUGUUACGGGUGGAUUGGAGAGAAGGAUGCCUGACCACCGCUGGUUGCUCUCAGCCCAGAUUCAAGGUGCUUGAAGACAUGCUGCCAAUCACCGAAAGGAUUUCUAUCAGUUGGCCUAUCUCAGAACACUUUGUACAGGAUGCCUCACGCUCGUUUGUGUCUCACUGGACAAAAGGUAAACCAGAGGAUCUAACGCUUACGUGCAUAGGUGCGAUAGGGGGAGCCGGAUCUCCCCAGGGACGGAAUCGGCGUCAUCAGGACAUGACUACCAUCUCUGAGCCGGAAGAGGAGCUAGGCAAGAAGCCUAUAGAGAUUCGGGCCAAAUGCUUCAACGCCACAAUAGCUGUGCAAAAGCAUACGGAGAGAUGUCCAUGGUGUCCUGAUCCUUCCGAUGUAACAUUAAUUGAACAAAGGUUUCACGAACGGAAUGUUGGUUUUCGAAUACGUAGUGGCACGGAAAGUGGAGGUGUCGGCUUUGCGAAGAACCAAGCGGUAAAAAUGUCUUCUGGACGGUUUAUCUCUUUCUGUGAUGCGGAUGAUGUUUCGGAGCCAAGCAGAUUACAGGAACAGUACAACUUGGCGAUUUCUCAGAGGAGCGAUUUGGUUUUUAUUGGUAGUAACUUCACCAGAAUACCGGAAGGAUCCACUGAACGCUAUACUAAAUGGACCCAUGAUUUGACAAACGAAGAAUUGAAAUUGCAGGUGUAUACGUCGCAUGGGCCCACUCUUAUAGCUCCUACAUGGUUCAUCUCAAGAAAACUCUUUUCUGCGGUAGGCGGUUUCAAAGACGACGUGCGCUUUGGAUUUCCCGAAGAUCUCAAUUUUUUCUACCGUGCAUUAGACAUCGAUGAUGUUGCAUUCUCUAAAGUAUGUAAACCCCUAGUGAACUAUCGUUCACUCCGGAUGUGCUUCUUUUGGUGUUUCCGAAGCUGCUAUAUGGAACAUGCGUGUGAGUCAGUUUCGAGGUCCCUUUCCGAAAGUGAUAAACAACGCGUUGUAUCGUUUUGCGAUGUCGACGUGAAGAAGAUCAAACGAGCAUGGCUGGAGGAUUAUGACGAAAAAGCACGAGUAGUUCGGUGGAAACUACCCAUUGUUCAUGUGAAGCUGCGUAUUAGCAUCGAAAGAAUGUGGCAAGAUGCCCGUGACAUCUUCGCUCAAGUUCGUGAAGCUACCUCGGAAUUCGAAGAUGUUUGGAUGAAUAUAGCUCAUGUAUAUAUCGAACUUGGACAAUAUGUCCCUGCUUUGCAAAUGUACGACAUGCCUUGGGAACAGACGCGUCCGCUCACUUAUAAGCUGUCAUCAUCGUCGAAAUCAGAGGCUACAACCACAUCGCCGCUUGAUUCGGUGUCGUCGCUCCGAGGCUCACCUCCAGUCGUGAUCCCAUAUGGCUUCCGAUCCGGAUGUACGAUACCGCAGACAAACCUUUAUCACCACAUCUCUCCAAACUCAUCGAUAGCGGAGCAUGACUCUGGUCGGAGCUCAAUGUGA